CAGCCUGGAGGAGGAGGCAAGAGCAGCUGCGCCUUCGGCCUGCGAGCGCUCGGGGGGCGCCGUCCGCUCGCUCGCUCGCUGCCUGCCUGGGUGGGUGGGUGGCGCGGCUCGCCCAGCGGUGCAGGCAAGAGGCGAAGGGAGGAAAGGCGACGCAGCGGGGCCGGGCCCCUCUCCUCCGCCUCCUCCUCGUCGGUGCAGGCAGGGCGAGUGGGGAUGGCCCCUCGGGGCCGCCCAGCCGCAGCGGCGGCAGCGCCGCCCCUCCAGCCGCCCGCCUAAGGGCCGCCCUCUCUCUGGCCGUCGGAAGCGAGGCAGCUGCAGGCCGGCCCGUCCGUCCCUCCGUCCGUGUGUCCGUCGCGGGCUGGCCGGCCACCAUGGCCAAGGAGCAGGGCGCCGAGGCGGAGACGGCGACGGGUGCUGCUACGGGGGCGGCGGGUGCCCCCCGUCGCCAGCCGCGCCUGUGCCACAUGCAGAAGGGCGAGCAGGGCUACGGCUUCCACCUGCACGGCGAGAAGGGCAAGAGCGGACAGUUCAUCCGCAAAGUGGAGCCCGACUCGCCGGCCGAGGCGGCGGGGCUGUGCGCCGGGGACCGCGUCGUCGAAGUCAACGGCGUCAACGUCGAGAAGGAGACGCACCACCAGGUCGUGCAGCGUAUCAAAGCUGUCGAAACAGAGACCCGCUUGCUGGUGCUGGAUAAAGAGACCGAUGAACAUCUCCGCAGCGUGCAGCUGACCUGCACCGAGGAGAUGGUGCACAAGGGAAUCGUGGCGAACCCCGAAGCGUCGCCGCCGGUCAGGUCGCCCAGCAGCGGCAACAAUGGGGACGUCUGGAAACCGCAGGUGGAGGUGAGCAACCGAAACCUCAAGAGGCACAAGCACAGCUUGAGCUCCGAGACCGGGAAGAAGGAUUUGAAUGGACAAGCCAAAGACCACUGCCCGCGAUUGUGUCACCUCAAGAAAGGCCCCAACGGCUAUGGGUUCAACCUCCACAGCGAGAAGUCCAGACCUGGGCAGUUCAUUCGGUCAGUAGACCCGGAUUCGCCAGCGUCCAAAGCAGGACUCCGGCCACAGGACAAGCUCGUCGAGGUCAAUGGGAUCAACGUAGAAGGCAUGAAGCAUUCUGAAGUUGUGUCACACAUCAAGUCCAAGGAACAUGAAGCCAAGCUGCUGGUAGUCGACUCCGAAACAGAUGAAUACUUCAAGAAACUGGGCAUAGCCCCUACAGAGGAGAACAUCCGAGGUGGACUUCCUCAGCCCAUGAUCAACGGGUCGGCACAAACGCAGCUGAAUGGGGGAUCCAUGUCUUCGUCCCACAGCGAUUGCCAAAGUCCUGAGAAGGAGUCGGAGGCGGGAGAACCCGGGAAAAAGGACCCAUUUGCAGAAAGCGGCUUGAACCUGAGUCCGACAGCAGCGGAAGCCAAAGAGAAGGUCCGGGCCAAGCGAAUGAACAAAAGGGCCCCCCAGAUGGACUGGAACAAGAAGCGGGAAAUUUUCAGCAACUUCUGAGCCUGUCAAGGAGCCACUCUCUCUCCUGCAAGAAGACACCUUUUUUUUUUUUUUUGGCAAUGCAGAUGAUUGUGCCCCGCCUCCAGCGAGCAUAGCUCUAAGACCAGGCUGUGCUUUCCCCCGCCCCCCAGGUUUGUUUUGCUUUGUACAAAGCACAUUUGCCCUCUCUUACUGUACAAAAGUGGCCAGAGAGGGAGAGAGAGAGGAGACUGUGAAACUGCAGGGCUCAAGUAGAAAAAGAAACAGCAUCCAAAGCGGCCACAAUAACAAGCAGGAAAGGCAAACAACAAUUUCCUUUGAAUUUUUGGAUCACUUAACCUGCAAUAUUUAGAAUAUAUUAUUUAUAGGAUCCUUUUUUAAUGUAUAGUUAAUUGUUUUAAGUUUCUUCUGCCUCCGCCUACCCCUUUCUUUUAGCUGUUUUACAUAUUUUUGCAUCAAAACCAGAGCCCAUUUUUUCCACUUGAUCAGAUGCUGCGGUUUGCACCAUCAUGGGCUGGAGCAGCCUUCACUAACCAGGUGCCCUCCAGCUGUUAUGGGACUACAACCCUCACCAGCUCCAGCCACCUGGGGCCAUCAGGUCAGCAAAGGCUGAGCUACAGUGUUAACAUCCUCAUAAAUGUGGUUAGCCUGAUCAUUCCAUGAUUGUAAGUUUUCUCUAUGGCUUUAAGUUUUGAUUUUUUUAUAUUUAAAGGAGGGGGAUUUCCCCUCCUCCUUCCAUCUGUUUGUAGUUAAUGCUUGAAGCACCCUAACCCUUUAACCUCAGGGACAAGCAGCCCUAUUUCUUUGCAAAUCAUUUUUCCAUUUUCUUAACCCGGCCGUUUCUUUUGUAGAACAACUGUGCUUUCUGAAAAGCCCCUAACCUACAAAAGGUGGGCUUUUUGUGUUGCAAAAGACCACAAUUAUUGGUGGAAGGUUGCAGAAAUGCAUGCACCUCUGCCACAAUCCCGGGGCCAGGGGAGAAGGAUGAAGAAGACCCUUCUGAUAUUUGUAAGGAAUGCUAAUCUGAAUGAAUUUUGGCUGUAACCUGGAAAUAACACUUUUUAGCACAGGAAGAUGACUGUAUCCGUGCAACACAAACAUUCUUGGAGCAGUUCCUCUGGGAGACAGCAUCCUGCUGGCCAACGAGGGGCAAACGGAAGCCAAGCGAGGCUGCUUUUCAAAACAGUGCCCCAGUUUUGAGCAAAUCUCCAACUGUACCACUAUUUCUGCUUCCAGGGUUUCAGAACUAUAUGCUUGCUGCUUCAAUAUUACUGAUCUUUCAGUGGUUGCACAAUUAACCAACCUUCCUUUCAGCUUAGCAGCAUAAGGUAUCUGCGAUUAUCCACUGUAUAGGAGUGUAGUGGAUGGUAAGACAUUUUUACAGAUGACUAACCUUUCCACAGGCAGUGUCUGGGCUGGGAGAUGACUGGCAGAGUGUUCCCUAAAGCCCCUUUCAGCACAAGGGCCACAUUCUCCCUUGGGCAAUCUUCUGGGGGCCGCGUGCCAUUGGGUUGGAACAAAGGAUGCAACUCUUACCAUUGUACAGCAGGCUGUUUCCCAGCUGUGCAAAAGUGAGAGGUUUCUACACAUGCCUCUCUAUGCUCCAUCCAGGCAAGAAAAAAGGACUUCAGGAGGGCCUAGGAAGCAUCUUGAGGGCCAGCUAGAGAGGCCUGGAGGGCCGCCUUUGGCCUUGAAGCCCCUGCUUUCAACCAAAGUCAAAUCUCAUGUUUUAACAAUGGGCAUGUGAAGCUGAGUUUAACAAGCUCUUUGUAUUGUUGAAGAAAAGUUAAAAAGCAAAGGAAGUUUGUGUGUCUCCAUUGGGAGGGUGACACAGACACCUCCUCCUGAGCGUUCAGUGUGCUCAUUACCACUGUGGGGCUUGCUACGUUCCCCCCUCCCCCAUAGAAGGGAACAUUGCUUUGGGUUUAGAGAGCUGGAAGCAGCCUUUUUGUAAUGUGAGGCAGCCACUUCCGUCGGUAGAUCUUGAUGCCAUUAAGGGUGCAAGAGAGGAAGACAGACUGGCCCACGGGACACAGGUCCUGGGGAGGUUUUCUCUCUGCAAACUCCAUGGGAAAUGGAUGGGAGGCGUGCUCGAGAGAUUGCGCCUCGUGUUAAUUCAUGGGGGGGAGUGUACUGUUCGGAUUUUCUGCAGGAGGAUGCAAGCCUGAGAUAAAGCAGAAAACACUGGGAGAUUGCUCCUACAUAAUAACUGAAUUAGAUUCUCCUUGGUGGGUAAUGUGUGUUAAAUGUCUGGACUAUUAUCGGAGCGAGGCAUGCACUCCUGAAUGACCUCUGUAGGGGGGCCUUUUUCAUGGGAAUGUCACCUAGGAACAACCUUUGCCAAUCUGGUGCAGCCCUACCCAGCAUGGCUAUGGUUUGGAUUAUAGCUCCCAUCAGCCUCAGCCCUAUGAUUUGGACUACAGUUCCCAUCAGCCCCAACUAGCAUGGCUAUGGUUUGGACUACAGUUCCCAUCAGCCUCAGCUAGCACAGUCAUGGUUUGGUCGUGCUGGCUGGGGCUGAUGGGAUUUGUAGUCCAAACACCUGGAGGGCAUAAAGACUACUUUUGAAUGAUGACAUCACAACAGCAUCUCAGAAAAGGGUAUCCAAAGUCUUAGCCUGCGCUGUGUAGUUGUGGAAGGGGAAAAAAACUGAAUACAGCUCAGGCAGUGAUGUCAUAACAUUGUUAAUCUGGGAGGUCCGGGAGGCGAGGCAAGCUGCAAAGUUUUCCUUUCUGUAUUCUUCCGUAAGAUAUACCAGCACUUCACUGCUUAAACAGCAAAAAAGUAUUAAAAAGCAAGCUGGGUGGGGUGCAUUUUCUCUCUCUUACCAAGGAGUGGGUAUGUGAACAGGCAUUUGGCCACUCUGAAUUAGGGCACAACUGUACAAUGUAUAUUAGUAUUUAAGGGCGGUGAGGGGGGAGAAACGCUUUGCUUUCACAUCCUGCAAGAUGAACAAGUGCCCUUUAAUGCAAAUACACUCUAAGGCUUUGUGUAUAUUUUGCAAAUAAGUGAGCUGAAUAAGGUGCCUUAGAUUAUUCUUUUCUUUUGGGAAACAGCUGCUAUAUAGCAGAGCAGGCUAGGAUUACCUUUUAUGCAGGUUUGUUGCAGAACGCUUUGAGAAAAAUGCAAGGUGGAGAAUGUCUGCCCAUUUUAGGAAGCCCCAUAAACAUAGUCUGCCCCAGGAAUAGCCAAUGUGGUGCCCUCUAGGUCAGAAGCUCCCAAACCUUUUUGUUUCCCCCACAGACCACUUGAACGUGGCUGAGGGUCUUGGCAGACCACUUAAAAGAUUUUUCUGCCUGACGCCGCCACUGUAAUGUGCCGUGCUAGAUGAGGUAUGAUCUUUAAUUCUAUUUUUUACUGUUGCUUUUAUUUCUUGCAUUUCAUCAUAUUGCAAUUUGCAUUCCAACAGAAUUCAAACUUAAAUACAAUAAAAGAAAUAAAAGUAAAAACAGAAUUAAAUAUUGCUAUGAAUAUUUAAUGCGGUCAUUCUGCAAACUACCUGAAUGAAGCUCAUGCACCCCUGGGGGUCCAUGGACCAGCUUGGGAAGCCCUGCUCUAGGUGAUGCUGGACUACAGCUCCCAUCAUCCUUGACCAUUUAUGCUGGCUCAGGCUUAUGGGAGUUGGAGUCCACAGCAUCUGGAGGGCACCACACUGGCUACCCUUGGUCUACGCUGGCCUUUGCCAACAGAGUGCUGUUCAGCCAUUUUGGACUACAACUCCUAUCAGCCCCAGUCAACAUGAGAGCACCAGGUUGGGGAGGGCUGCUCCGCAUGCGUAAGAAACCUAGCCCAAUUCUAUAUCCAAUAUAUUUACUGAUUUUGCAUAAAUUAUCUGCUUGGCUAGCCACGGGGAGAUCACCAUAGCCCUCGCCCCUGGGAACCCUAACCUAGCGAGCUAGUGCCAGCACCGCCCACCACUUUGAGCAGGCAUGAGAACUAGGAACUUGUUUUUUUUUUUAAAAAAAAACCUUUCAUUGGUUCUACGAAUGUUCAGCGACUAUUAGGCAGGACAGUGUAGGCACAUUCUUUACACACGGGUUUGCUACACAUCACUGAAGCUUCCUGCUUGAUGAUGAUUUUUUUGACAGCAGGGAUUGUAGCUGAUGUUAUCUGGGAAUAGAUCAGGAACACUUCCCUUCUUCCUCACAUUCCUCAUGAGAGCCAUCCUUUUCCCAAGCAUCACAACAUACCAAAUUCCUUUAAAAACCUGACUCAUUUGCACAACUGUCUGCAGACUUGGAAUUCCCCCUCCCCCCAAAAGACCCUCCUAUAAUGGAAGACAUGCAUGUGCUGACUCCUCAAUCCAGCCCGUUAUGCUCAACUACCACCAGACCCCCAGUGGCAUCAAAAGAGGAUCCUACUGAUGCAACAUGCUGGGCGCGUUUUAUGGCGCAAACGCAAAUAGGAACCAUAUAUAAAUCUGUCUUGCCUCCCAGAUGCUUCAGACCCCCAGCUCCCAUGAUGCCUGACCAUUGGCCAUACUGGCUGAGGGGAGAUGAAAGUCCAACAUCACCUGUAGGGAACCUGGUUAGGGAAGACGGGCAUAGCUCUGUGGUUGAACUGAGGCAGGCGAUUCCAGGAGACAAAGUGCUUGUGAAUGGAAACGUGGUUUUGUGAAGAACACUCUUGAGUUGUUUAAAAUGUUUUGCAAAACAGCGAGACUGGCAGUUAACUGAGGGUCAGGGAUGUGCCAAUACCUGCUGAUAAGGUUGCUUGUUUUCGUGGGAACUUCAGCUUGAGAACUGGAUGAGUUUUUCUUUUUAAAGGGCUUUUGUUUUAGGCAUCAGAACUGGUUUGUUUUUGUAAGUGAUUCAGGAGGUUGUUUGUUUUUCACUCUUGGCUGAAGUAUGUUACCUCCAAGUCGCUCCCUAUCCUGGCAGUGCAUGCCAGCAAAGGUGGUGACACACCAGACGUGGAGAACCUCAAGCCCUCCAGAUGUUGAUGGACUACACUGGCCAUGCUGACUGCUGGGAGAUGAAGUCCAGCAACCUCUGGAGGGCCACUGGUGGCCCAUCCCUCUGAUACACGUUCAAAUGAAGUUAAUCAACUUCAGAUCUGGUCAGCGUCUGGAUGGGAGACAUCUUGAAAACCCCACAAAUACCACCUUGGGUUUCAUGAUGGAAGAAAGGUGGGAUAUAAAUGGCAUUUGUAUUUGUUGGGCUUGAUCAAUGCUGCUUAGAGACAAUUGUAACUAAGUGGCAUAUUAAUUGUGAAAAUAAAUGAAGUAAGGAAAUAAGCACGCACACGCACGAGACUGGUUUGAAAAUGCCAAGAAGUAUUUCAGUCUUUUAAGGCUAUGAGGGGUGUGAUAAAAGCGCGAAAUUUGGAGGUUACGAUCAAACUGAAAUCUCAUACACAAAUACGAACCCCAUACACAUGUUUUCCUCACCCCCUCCUCAAAAGUUGUCUCCAUCUGUACUUCAUGGGUUGACUCGUGAUUUAACUCUCUGCCACCCUAUAAGCCCUGUGACACUUAACUCAGUUUCUGCACAUCUAACUUAGACGUUCACUAAAAAGUUAUAAAAGGAGCUGUUAACUGCAUUGUGUACAAAUAUAUAUAUAUAUUAAAAUGUCAAUAAUAAAAGUGGUUUCACAUG